ACAGUAGCUUAUUUCGGUCCUGUUUUAGACUCAUGAACACCCCUACGAUCAAAUCCUAUCUCAUUUUUGUAUUCGAAUUUGUGUACGGAGUUCCAGAGUUGGAAGCUCAUCUCAUAUUUACUUGAGAAUGCCGGAGCUUCCAGAGGUCGAGGCGGCACGAAGAGCCGUGGAGGACCACUGCAUAGGCUUAAAGAUUGUGAAAUCGGCGAUAGCGGACGACCCCAAGGUCAUUGACGGCGUGUCUCCCAAGGACUUCGAGGCUUCGCUGAUCGGAAAAUGCAUCGUCUCCGCUCAUCGCAAGGGAAAAAACAUGUGGAUUCAGCUCGAUACUCCCCCAUUUCCAUCUUUUCAGUUCGGAAUGGCUGGUGCUGUAUACAUCAAGGGAGUUGCUGUUACAAAAUACAAACGGUCAGCUGUCAAUGAUGAGGAUGAGUGGCCUUCCAAGUAUUCAAAGUUUUUCAUUGAAUUGGAAAAUGGCUUGGAGCUUUCGUUCACUGACAAAAGGAGAUUUGCUCGAGUUCGGUUGCUUGAAAAUCCAGUUGCUGUGCCUCCUAUAUCAGAGCUUGGACCUGAUGCCUUGUUGGAGCCACUGACAGUAGAUGAGUUCCACCAAGCUCUUAGCAAGAAAAAGAUUGGAAUAAAGGCCCUUUUACUUGAUCAGAGUUUUAUAUCUGGCAUUGGCAACUGGAUUGCAGAUGAAGUGUUAUAUCAGGCAAGAAUUCAUCCGAUGCAGAUUACUUCAAGCAUGUCUAGAGAAAGCUGUGAGCUACUACUCAAGUGCAUAAAUGAGGUUAUUGAAAAAGCUGUUGAAGUAGAAGCUGACAGUGAGCGGUUCCCUAGUAAUUGGAUUUACCAUUCUCGCGAAAAGAAGGGCAAGGCUUUUGUUGAUGGUUUGGAUUCUGACUCACGCUGCACAAAGCUUUCUUGGGUUAUGGCUCAUGCUGCACAAUUAGUUUUGAUAAUAGAUUUGCUGUUCAUGUGUUUGAUAAUUUCUAGUGGCUGAUAGUCUACUUUUAUGUGUGCUGCAUGUAAUCAUUAUUGAAGUAUUUCUUUCAUCAGUUUCAUGUAGUAUCUAUGCCUACAUUUUCACAUUGGUUUUACUUACCUUGCUUACUCGUUUCAUUUUUUGUGGAACUUCUUUCUCCCGUCCUACACUAGAUAGGCAUUUACUCACUCUUUUUAAUUUGGAUUAAUAUACAUGGUCACCAAUUCUUGGUGUACCCAGCUACUUUGCAUCAGAUCUGAUCCAACUUUUAUGCUGUGCAGGAAAGAAAAUUGAUUUUAUAGUUGCCGGUGGCAGGACAACAGCCUACGUACCUGAGUUACAAAAGCAAAGUGGACCUCAGUCUACUAAAGCUAGUAAAAAGCAGGAAAAAUCACCAAAGGGUGAUGAUGUCAAAGAGACAGAAUCUGAUGGAAAUAGUAGUUCAGAUACAAAGGAAACUAGAGCUAAGAAACCCGUAGGAAGAACUAGGGAAGAGGGGCAUGGCAACAGAGAUGAAGCUACGAAAAAGAAAACUGGUGCAAAGAGAAAGUCUGGUUCUGACGAUGUCUCUUUUAUUGGGAGUGAUAAUGAGAAUGAUAGCGGCACAGCUAAGAAGUCAUCAAAACGAACCCAAACUAGAGCGGCCGAGACAGCCACAAAAAAGGCUACACCCGGCCAAAACAGAAAGCAGUCCAAGAAAUCAAACUAGUUUGCCAUGGUCAUCUGUGGUGUUUUUGUCAGUUCAGGUCCUAUUUUGCUUUUUAAUGUAGUGCCUACUAAAUGAUAAUGCAUUUAUGCUGACGUCAGGUGUUAUCUUCUGGCCAGAAGGGCCUUGAAUUGGGCAACUAUUUUUUGUACAUGCCACAAGGACCUUGAAUUGGGUAACCAUUUUGGACAUGUAGUCAUGAACCAGCUGCUAGUAGGAUAAGUUAUUUGAUGUGAUGUCCCAUUUUGCGCCCUUGAUGGCGGCCUUUGGCAUCCUAACCCAUCAAGAAAACUGUUGCAAACACGUUUGAGGUUAUGAUAUUUGGUAUGGGGUGUUUUCUUAAUAAUUUGAUUCAUUUUCU